CCCUUAACCUCUAAGACGACCUUGCCAUACACCCCCUUUCAUUCCUGAAUAUCAUGCCUCCGCGCCAGCCACCGAAAGCAAAGGAGACCCAGCCGGCAGCUGCAACUAGCGGAACGGGACGACCGCGGAGAGCGGCUGCUACGCAGGCUAAUGCGACCGAAAAAGAGGUCGACCCCCCGGUAGCGAAGGGGAAAGGAAAGCAGGUCAAGGCACCGACGGCGAAGGCGAAGGUCAAGGCGCCCGCGACGAAGACGAAGGCGAAGGGGAAAGCGGUCGAGACUUCAGCUGCGAAGUCAAAAGGGAAAGCGGUCGAGGCGCCGACGACGAAAGGGAAGGGGAAAGCAGCCGAGCCUCCUGCAUCGAAAGGGAAAGGGAAAGCGGUCGAGACGCCCGAACCUACGCGUCAGUCCUCCCGCAAGAGGAAGGCGGACGAUCCUCCUCCAUCACCUCCACCGAAUCCCAAGCAGGCUCGGACGGCGCGAGGAGGAAGGGCCGCUGCCAAACCUCCCCUCGCUGAAGCUAAGGAAGCAGAGGAGGACGGACAGGCGGAAGAGGAAGUCGACGAAUUGAACGAAGAACAGAAUCAUGAAGAGCAAGUGGACAGUGAAACCGGGUCGGUUGCCUCGGGCAACCUCGAUGAGGAUGAAGACGACGACGACGAUCUUGACGAAGAAGAGGAGAAAGAACAAGAGGAGUAUUAUCGGGGGCUAAUUAUGGAGACGCACAAGUACUACGAAGGCAUUUACAAGAGGUGCGACGAGAUGAAGGCCAUGAUCGGCCAGGUCGAGAAAGCACUCGCGCGCUAUGCGGAGCACGCUGGACUGGAACGUCCAGAGGAGGAGAACGUGCCUGGUCCUUCGAAUCAAGCUGGCCCUUCGACUCAGGGUAUCAGAGCUUGAAAUUCAGGCUUGUAGGACGUCGGGCUUGACCGCCGCAUUGCUCCGGUUUCCAUUCAGAUACAGAAGGUCAUCGCGCGACGCUCAUCGCAUUCAUAUCGGCGCCAUCCUAUCCGUGAUGCUCGAUCAUUGUUUCAGGUGCUGGUUUACACAAGUCCUCGUGGUUGAAGAGAAGUAGAAUUCUACGCGAACGAACAGAUCAAACAUGCAAUGCGAGCAUACAUACCCGUGGAAGCAUGGUGAUUCUAGAAUUGAUUGUAAAUCAGGCUGUGUUUGCUUGCUUGAAAGGGUCUCCUUCGUAAAUCGUACACGGAGUGCCGGAAAUGUGAAUUGUGUUUCUUUC